AUGAGCUUUGCCUCGGGCACCUCUUUCGAAAAGCAGCAUCUCUGGAUGUAUCUGCAGGCGCUCAACUUCGAGCCAGGCCCUGCGACCAUUGCCUGUGGAAAGAUCGUGUCGCACACGCACCUUGGAGUGAACAUGUUUGACAAGCUGAACCGUGAUGCCUUUCAUAUAGUUUCUUAUUUUUUGUUUCAAACUCUGGACCAGUCUCUCACCAAAGAAGUUUUCAAAUUUUGUUGGCCUCCAUUUGAUCAAAAAAGUGAUACUGAAUUCCGGAAACAUUGCUGUGAAUGGUUAAAAAGGAUUUCUGCUGAAUAUGGAAGUGGCUUUCCUCAAGUUGUUGGUUCUCUGUUUCUUUCUCCUGGUGGUCCUAAGUUUAUUCAUCUGAUGUAUCAUUUUGCAAGAUUUGUUGCAAUAAAAUAUAUUAAAACCAAUUCUAAAAAUGCUUCUCUGCGUUCUACAGAGGCAUUUAACAUAAAGCCACAAGAUUUGCACAAAUGCCUUGCCAGGUGCCAUGUAGCACGUAACAGAUUUUUACAAAUUUUGCAAAGAGAAGAUUAUGUUACCCAAAAAUAUAAGGAAUAUAUACAGUUAUCAGUUAAGCAAGUACGAAAUUCAAGGUCUGAAUAUAUAGGAUUGCAAAAUCAAAUAAAAACCAUGGGACCCUGUGAUGACCAAAGUGAUAUACAAGAGAAAAUUCAAAAGGUUCGGUCUUUGUGGGCUUCAGUGGAGGAAAAACUCACGGUCUUGGAAAAAGAGAGAGAAGUUGUUAGUUCAGUCCUUAGUCUUGUUAACCAAUAUGCUUUAGAUGGAACUAAUGUUGUUAUUAAUAUUCCAAGGCUCUUACUUGAUGAAAUUGAGAAACAAAUGUGUCAGUUGCACAUAGGAAAUGUUUAUGAGGCUGGAAAAUUGAACCUCUUAACAGUUAUUCAGUUAUUAAAUGAAGUCUUGAAAGUAAUGAAAUAUGAACGUUGUCAGGCUGACCAACCAAGAUUGACAAUAGACCUUCGCCACCUUGAAAAAGAGACCAAAUUUCAGAGGGAAAGAUUAUCAGAUCUGAAGCAUAUGAGUCUAAUUAAAAAAAAUUCAACUCCAGCUGUGGAUCUUUUACCACCUAUGUCUCCCCUCUCCUUUGAUCCUGCCUCAGAAGAAGUAUAUGCAAGGAGUGUUCUUUUCCAGUAUCCUGCUUCACUUCAAGAUACACCUAAGCAACAUAACCGGGAAAAUGGUUGCAGAAGAGACAGUGAUACUUUGGGAGCUGUGCAUAAUCUAGCCGACAGUCCAACUUCCCCAACUAUUAUAGGUGAAGGACAGGACAUGAAAAUAAGAACUCCCAAAGAGAAAAAUGAAACAAUUUCUAAGAAAAUACCAGAAUUUGAAGCGGAAGAUUCUCCAUUAUCAGAUAUUGCAAAGAAUACAGAAAGUAGUGCAUUUGGAGGAUCUCUGCCAGCCAAAAAAAAUGAUCCAUUCCAAAAAGAGCAAGAUCAUCUGGUAGAAGAGGUUGCCAGGGCAGUUUUAUCUGAUUCACCCCAGCUCUCUGAAGGAAAAGAAGUAAAAUUAGAGGAACUAAUUGAUUCUUUAGUUUCUAACCCCUUCUUAACAAGGAACCAAAUUCCCCGUACUCCAGAAAACUUGAUAACUGAAAUCAGGAGCUCAUGGAGAAAAGCUAUUGAAAUGGAAGAUAACAGAAGUGAGGAACCAAUUCAAAUGGAUACUGAACGUAGAGAAGUACUACAUAAUCAAAGAGAACUUAGCAUGGCCAGUUUUCUCUUAGAAACCACUGUGUCAGAUAUUGGCCAGUCUCAUUUGCCUGAAGAGAAGGUUGUUUCAGAUUGCAAGUGUGUACCUCAGAAAUAUGCGGUGACCAGUCACAUAGGUGAACCAACAACACAAAGUCAGUCAGAUUUGUUAAAUAAGGAAAUAAUUUUCAAGCAAGAUUUAGAACGUACAGUUUUAUCAACCAGGUUUUCAGAAACUAGCCAAAUAGCAAUAUUCUCGCCUGCCAUAGGCAGUAGGAUAGAUGUGAUGGGCAGUGGUGAAGAGCAACAUAUGAAAAUAUUGGACCACUCACAAGCUUCUAGUAACAAACCUUCCAUGAAUAAAACUACAUUAUGGGACUCUUUUCAACUACCAAGUGGUAUUGGUUCUAAGAGUUUUAAGGAUAUUGAUUUUGGCAUAUUACAUGAAACUCUUCCAGAAGAAGUUGGUCACCUAAGUCUUAGUAGCUCCAGUAGUUUAGAGGCCAGUUUUAAACUGGAACCAAAUAGUCCUGUGCACAGUGACCUUUUUCCAGAAGAUGUGGGAGAAAGACAGACUACCCCAGAAUCAAACUUCAAUUUUCAGGCUAUUUGCAGUAGAUAUGAGGCUCUGAAGAAAUCUCUUUCCAAGAAAAGGGAAGACUCUUGCCUCUCAAAUACUGAAACACUUGAAAAACGCAAGCCAGAAUUGAGCCCCACUCUCCAAAAUGUGCAAACAGAUGAUGUGUUUGACUCUCAUAAUUUGCACACUGAGUAUACAAAACCAUCUUUACGCCUGUCUCUUGGUCAAAGAAAACAGUCUCUUUCACCGCUAAUUAAGUUUUCUCCAGUGGAGCAAAGAUUGAAGACCACAGUGCCAUGUAGUCUUGGAGAACUGCCUAAUUUAAAAGAAGGAGACAUCUUGAAUAAGAGCCUUGAUGCAACAGAAUCUCCAUCUGACUUGACAAGAUGA